AUGUCAGCAGCUUCCUUACUGAUUGAUAGCAAACCCAGCAAAGGUCUUCACAAAUUCUUCCGUUCUCAUUGUGAAGAUGAUAUUUUAGCGGUGGCUGACUCCAAACUCGGAAAUGCAAUUAAGGAGAAACUGCAAAUUGAAUGUGUCCAUAACAAUGUUGUCAUGGAACUGAUGAGAGGGGUGAGAAGUCAAUUGACUGAACUUAUAUCUGGCCUUGCUUCUCAAGAUUUGGCUCCAAUGAGCUUUGGUUUAUCUCACAGCCUGUCAAUAUACAGACAAAAAGAAAUAAAUAAGAAUGUUAAGAGCACCCCAGAUCCCACUAUGCAAAAUGUACACUAUGUGGGUACUUUACUGGAUGGGAUACAGUUUGAUUCUAGCCGUGAUCGAGGCACUCCCUUCAAAUUUAAGCUAGGCCAAGUCAAAUACGAAGCUCGGCUUGAGGAUGGAACCCUUGUUUCGAAAUCAGAUGGAGUGGAGUUCACAGUGAAUGAUGGUUAUUUCUGUCAUGCCCUUUCCAAAGCUGUUAACAAUGAAAAAGGGAGAAAAAGUCUUCUUGACUGUAAACCUCAAUAUGGUUUUGGAGAGAAUGGCAGGGAGGCUACUGGUGAUGAAUGUGAUAUGCCACCAAAUGCUACCAUUCAUAUAAAUUUGGAAUUGGUUUCGUGGAAAACAGUUUCAGAGAUUACGAGUGACAAAAAGGUUUUGAAAAAGAUACUCAAGGAAGGAGAGGGGUAUGAAAAACCUAAUGAUGGCGCCAUUGUGCAAGUGAAUUUGAUCGGGAAGCUGCAAGAUGGAACUGUUUUUGUGAUAAAGGGAUACGAUGAGGAGCCUCCUUUUGAAUUUAAAGUAGAUGAAGUUUCAGAGAUUACGAGUGACAAAAAGGUUUUGAAAAAGAUACUCAAGGAAGGAGAGGGGUAUGAAAAACCUAAUGAUGGCGCCAUUGUGCAAGUGAAUUUGAUCGGGAAGCUGCAAGAUGGAACUGUUUUUGUGAUAAAGGGAUACGAUGAGGAGCCUCCUUUUGAAUUUAAAGUAGAUGAAGAACAAGUUAUUGAGGACGGGGAGACCCAUAACACGGGUCUCCGAGCAUCACAGAGACGUUCUCCGCACUGCACGGAGAAGCGAUUUCCGCACAUCGCUGACACUUGUGCAUUGAGAAAAAAAAUUCCUUCUCUGCACGGAGAUUGGAUGCUAUGGAGAAAGCAAUAA